ACAGUGUUUAGUGUCGAAUGGAAAAAUAUACGCACACUCUCUCUCUCUUUCUCUUUUGAAUAAUGCAGUGCCGACUUGAGCUCCACGCGCCACCGUAACGAAGAUAACUGAAGUGAGAGAAAAAAACAUGGGAUGCGCGGCGUCGAAACUCGACAGCGAGGACACUGUACGGCGGUGCAAAGAUCGCCGCCGUCUGAUGAAAGAAGCCGUCUACGCUCGCCACCACCUCGCCGCCGCUCACGCCGAUUACUGCCGAUCGCUUCGUCUAACCGGAUCCGCUCUCUCCUCGUUCGCCGCCGGCGAGCCUCUCUCCGUAUCCGAUCAAACUCCCUCAGUAUUCCUCAAUCCUCCUCCUCAAGAACAGUCUCCGGCCAAUCAUACCCCUCCACGUGUCCCUCCUCUUCUAAAGCUGAAGCAGGCUCCUCCGAUCACCUCCAACCGACGGAGGAAACAGCAACACAGGCCCAAGGUGCCUCAUAUACUCUCGGACUCGAGCCCUCCUUCGUCUUCUCCGAUGAGUCAGAGAUCCAAUUUCUACCAGAACUCGACUUACUCCGCUACUCCCUCCCACGCCUCCUCCGUCUGGAACUGGGAGAACUUCUACCCUCCGUCUCCUCCUGACUCCGAGUUCUUCGAUAAGAAGGCUCAAGAGAGGAGACAGAAACAUAAUAAUCCGUUUAGCCAUGAUACCGAGUCGGAGAAGUCAGAGUAUGACUUCUUCGACUCGAGUAUGAAGAAGAAUAAGAAGCAGUUUGAAUCAGUGAACAGUACUGUAGAUGAAGAGGAGGCUGAGGAGGAGGAGACGGAGACGGAAAGAGAGGAAGUGCAUUGUAGUGAAUGGGACGUUCACGAUCACUACAGCACUACUAGCUCCUCUGAGGAGGAGGAGGACGAAGAGGGAGAUGACAAUAUGGAGUCAGUUUCAGAGGUAGGGACACGUAAUUUGAUGAGUCAUCGCCAUUACCAUCACCAAGAACCUUCACCAAUGCCGCAAGAAUACGGCAUUGGUGUUGGAAAAGAAAGAUAUCAUGAUAAAGCUGAUGAUGCCACCUCCGGUGGAGGAGAGAUGGAGAUGGUGGUUAGGCAUAGAGAUUUGAAAGAGAUUGCUGAUUCCAUCAAGGAGAAUUUCGACAAGGCGGCGGCGGCUGGUGAUCAAGUGUCUAAGAUGCUUGAGUUAGGUAGAGCUCAGCUUGAUCGGAGUUUCGGACAGUUGAAGAAAACUGUGAUUCAUUCGAGUAGCUUACUAAGCAGCCUGAGCUCGACAUGGACCUCGAAGCCGCCGUUGGCAGUUAAGUACAGGAUAGACACGACGGCUUUGGAUCAACCAAACAGUGUCAAGUCUCUUUGUUCCACCCUUGACCGUCUCUUGGCAUGGGAGAAGAAGCUCUACGAAGAAAUCAAGGCUAGAGAAGGUGUGAAGAUUGAGCAUGAGAAGAAGUUAUCACAGCUUCAAAGCCAAGAGUAUAAAGGAGAGGAUGCAGCUAAGCUAGACAAGACAAAGGCCUCUAUAACGAGGCUACAGUCACUCAUCAUCGUUACAUCUCAAGCUGUUACAACCACGUCUACUGCUAUAAUCCGUCUUCGUGAUACCGACCUUGUUCCUCAACUCGUUGAGCUAUGUCAUGGCUUUAUGUACAUGUGGAAAGCCAUGCACCAAUACCACGAGACACAGAACAGCAUCGUAGAGCAAGUUCGAGGGCUCAUCAACAGAUCAAGCAAAGGCGAGUCAACCUCUGAGCUACACCGACAAGCGACACGCGACUUAGAAUCAGCCGUCUCUUCUUGGCACUCAAGUUUCACUCACGUGAUCAAGUUCCAGCGUGACUUCAUACACUCGGUUCACGCGUGGUUCAAACUAACACUUCUCCCCGUUUGCCACGAAGACGCUGCAGUUAAAGAGCCAACGGAUGCUUACGCCUUCUGCGACGAGUGGAAACUCGCUCUCGACCGUGUUCCCGACACGGUCGCAUCAGAAGCCAUCAAAAGCUUCAUCAACGUGGUCCACGUGAUAUCCGCGAAGCAAGCGGAUGAACACAAGAUUAAGAAGAGAACCGAUUCAGCAUCAAAGGAGCUGGAGAAGAAAGCUUCAUCUCUCAGAAACCUAGAGAGGAAGUACUACCAGUCCUACUCAAUGGUCGGUGUCGGUAUACCAGAUUCAGGACCUGAGCACAUGUUAGACGCUAGAGACCCGCUAAGCGAUAAGAAAUCGGAGCUUGAGGUUUGCAGAAGAAGAGUGGAGGAAGAGAUGGUGAAGCAUUCGAAGGCAAUAGAAGUGACGAGAGCGAUGACUUUGAAUAACUUGCAGACAGGGUUGCCUGGUGUGUUCCAAGCUUUAACAAGUUUCUCUGCUUUGUUCAUGGAGUCUCUUCAAACGGUUUGCACUCGCUCAUACUCUAUCAAAUAGGACAUUAUAUUGUAUAAUGUAUACAUAGCAGCUUCUUCAAUUCUUAUAAUUUUUUAAGUACUUUGUGAGGGAAGGGUAAUAAUAAUCUAUGUUGUAGUUGUCUCUACUUAAUUUAAGCUCCCAAGUGGGUUGUUGUG